AUGUCUCUCCCCACCAAACGCUCUGCCACUGCUGCUGCUCCCACCACCACAUUCUCCGCCGCCGCCGGCUCCUCCAGUUUCCCGCCGAUGAAGAAGGCUAAGUCUCAGGCCGUCUCCGCCUGCUCCCCUGUUGAUCCCUCCUCCAACAAAAACGGCCUCCACCACUUCACCGCUCCUAAUUCCGACGAUAACGAUAUCCUCUUCGAGCCUUCCUCCAUGGCCCUCGACGAUGAGCCUAAGCUCGUUGACGCCGUUCCUCCCACCGCCGCUAAUUUGUCACGCAAAAAGGCCAUCCCUCCCCAGCCGGCCAAGAAGCUUGUCAUCAAGCUCCUUAAAGCUAAACCCACAUUGCCUUCCAACUUCGAGGAGGAUACAUGGGCGAUGCUGCAGUCAGCAAUUAAAGCUAUAUUCUUAAAGCAACCAACUUCUUGUGAACUGGAGAAACUUUAUCAGGCUGUCAAUGAUCUUUGUCUGCACAAGAUGGGGGGAAGUUUAUAUCAGCGUAUUGAAAAGGAAUGUGAAGCACACAUUUCUGCAGCCCUACAAUCCUUGGUUGGCCAAAGCCCAGAUUUGCUAGUCUUUUUAUCACUCGUUGAGAGAUGCUGGCAAGACUUCUGUGACCAGAUGCUGAUGAUUCGGGGGAUUGCGCUGUAUCUGGAUAGAACAUAUGUUAAACAAACCCCCAAUGUGCGAUCUCUAUGGGAUAUGGGAUUGCAGCUUUUCCGACGACAUCUUUCAUCAUCUCCUGAAGUUGAGAACAAAACAGUAAACGGCCUUCUGCAGAUGAUUCAGAGAGAACGAUUAGGUGAAGCAGUUGAUAGGACACUGCUCAACCAUCUUCUUAAGAUGUUUACAGCUCUUGGAAUUUAUCCAGAGAGCUUCGAGAAACCUUUCCUUGAAUGCACUUCUGAAUUUUAUGCUACUGAAGGCAUGAAGUACAUGCAGCAAUCAGAUGUUCCAGAUUACUUGAAGCACGUCGAGAUAAGGUUGCAUGAGGAGCAUGAAAGAUGCUUACUUUACCUUGAUGCAAGCACUAGGAAGCCUCUAAUAGCAACUGCGGAGAGGCAGCUUCUUGAGCGGCAUAUAUCCGCUAUUCUUGAUAAGGGUUUCAUGAUGCUGAUGGAUGGGCAUAGAAUUGAAGAUCUCCAGAGGAUGUACUCCUUGUUCUUGAGGGUCAAUGCCCUUGAAUCAUUAAGGCAGGCCCUUAAUUCAUAUGUUAGGAAAACUGGGCAGGCCAUCGUUAUGGAUGAAGAGAAGGACAAGGACAUGGUUCCAUCCCUAUUAGAAUUUAAGGUGUCUCUGGACCGAAUAUUGGAAGAAAGCUUUGCCAAGAAUGAAGCAUUUUGCAAUACCAUCAAGGAUGCUUUUGAGCAUCUGAUUAAUCUUCGCCAGAACCGUCCAGCAGAGCUGAUUGCUAAGUUUUUGGAUGAGAAGCUUCGUGCCGGGAAUAAGGGUACUUCUGAAGAGGAGUUGGAGGGUAUACUUGAUAAAGUUUUAGUUUUGUUUAGGUUCAUCCAGGGGAAAGACGUUUUUGAAGCAUUUUACAAGAAGGAUCUUGCAAAACGACUAUUGUUGGGGAAAAGUGCGUCCAUUGAUGCUGAGAAAUCUAUGAUAUCUAAGCUCAAAACUGAGUGCGGGAGCCAAUUCACUAAUAAGCUUGAAGGGAUGUUCAAGGAUAUUGAGCUAUCUAAGGAAAUCAAUGAGUCUUUCAAACAGUCGUCUCAAGCAAGAACGAAACUUCCAUCAGGAAUCGAGAUGAGUGUCCACGUCUUAACAACUGGUUACUGGCCCACGUACCCGCCAAUGGAUGUCAGGCUUCCUCACGAACUGAAUGUCUACCAGGAUAUUUUCAAGGAAUUUUACCUGAGCAAACACAGCGGGAGGCGAUUAAUGUGGCAGAAUUCCUUAGGUCAUUGUGUAUUGAAAGCCGAGUUUCCAAAGGGGAAAAAAGAGCUUGCAGUAUCUCUGUUUCAGACUGUGGUUUUGAUGCUGUUCAAUGAUGCACAAAAUCUCAGCUUUCAAGAUAUCAAAGAUGCUACCGGUAUAGAGGAUAAAGAAUUAAGGAGGACCCUCCAAUCCCUCGCAUGUGGGAAAGUUCGGGUACUGCAAAAGACACCGAAAGGAAGGGAUGUUGAAGAUGGCGAUUCAUUUAUGUUCAAUGAGACAUUCACUGCCCCACUCUACCGCAUAAAGGUUAAUGCUAUCCAAAUGAAGGAAACCGUGGAGGAGAACACAAGUACCACUGAAAGAGUAUUUCAGGAUCGUCAAUACCAGGUUGAUGCUGCAAUUGUUCGGAUAAUGAAAACGAGGAAGUUGUUGAGUCACACUCUCCUUAUCACUGAACUUUUCCAACAGCUGAAGUUCCCAAUAAAGCCGGCGGACUUGAAGAAGAGAAUAGAGAGCCUGAUCGACCGGGAGUACUUAGAGAGGGACAAAAACAACCCCCAACUAUACAAUUACCUGGCCUAA